AUGAGGUUUCAAUUGAAUGACCAAAUCGUGUUGAUCACUGGUGGGUCCCAAGGUUUAGGUAGGGAAUUCGCGCAUAAAUAUUAUCAUGAAGGUAAUAAUUCUAAGAUCAUUGUGGUGAGUAGAUCAGAAAAGAAAUUGAUAAAGGCUGUUGAUGCUAUCUCCGGUAAGACAGUAGGUACAAAUCUAUCUCCAGAGGAAACUGGCAAACUUAACAAGAAUGCUAAACUUUACUAUUAUCCAUGUGACUUAUCAGAUCAUGAAGCCGUAUCCACUAUGUUUGAUAGAUUAUGUGAACUAGAAAUGUUACCCACACAGGUAUAUUGCUGUGCUGGUGGAUCAAUUCCCAAAUUAUUUAAAGACCUAACGGGUGAAGAACUGGACAUGGGUAUUAAGAUGAAUUAUUCUACGACAUUGCACAUUGCGCAUAAAGUUGCUCAACUAGAAUUGAGUAAUUGUCACUUGAUUCUAUUUUCUAGUGUAACCGCAUUUUUUCCCUUUAUUGGAUACUCUCAAUAUGCUCCUCUAAAAGUCUCUUUGAAGGCUCUUGUGGGGAUUUUAAGACAGGAAAUGUUACAAAAUAGAAUAUCUUGCGUAUAUCCGGGGAAUUUCCAAAGUGAAGGUUUUGAAUUAGAAGAAUUGACUAAACCUGAUAUUACCAGAGAAAUUGAAGGAGCCUCCACUCCUAUUAGUAGCGAAGACUGUUGUAACAAGAUUAUUCGUUCCUUAGAAAGUGGAUAUGAUGAUAUAACAACAGAUUUGAUAGGGUGGUUUCUAAUGAGUUUGGAUAUGGGGUUGAAUAAACAUAAUAAUAAAUCAUUUUUAUGGAUUCUUCAACUGUUGAUUGGUACUAUUGUCAACUUACUUGUUGUUCCAAUAUACAUGCUUAUCUGUCAAUUUCAGAUAAAGAGAUGGUUCAAUGGGCAACAAAAGAAGAAAUGA